UUCAAUUAUGAUAAAAUUAAUUCUAAUUACCUGUUUGAUUGUACUUGCUAACUCAACCCAAGAAUUUAGUGGUAAAAAUUGGGUUGUCCUAGUUGUUGGUUCAGAUAGUAUUACAGAUUAUCGACACCCGGCGGAUGUAUACCAUGCGUACCAAAUAGUACGCGCGAACGGUAUCCCCGAUGAAAAUAUAAUUGUCAUGCAUUACGAUGAUGUCGGUAAUAGCAAGUACAAUAAGUAUCCUGGUAAAGUUUUUAACGAUCCUAACAUGACUGAUGUCUAUCAUGAUGUGCCCAAAGACUACACUGGUAAAGAGGUUACACCGGAGAAUUUUUUAAAAGUUUUAUCCGGGGAUAAAGAGUUAGCAAAAGCAGGCAAAAAGGUACUGAACAGUGGCCCUGAUGAUCAUGUGUUUGUGUUUUUUGAUGACCAUGGAGAUAAUGAGGCCGAGCCACUAGUGAAUACAUUGAAAGAAAUGCACGCAAACAACAAAUUUGCCAAGCUUGUAUUUUAUAUUGAGGCAUGUUACGCAGGUUCAAUGUUUGAAAACUUAUUGCCAAAUAAUAUCAGUGUCUACGCAACUACGGCGUCCAACUCACGCGAGUCAAGUUGGGCAUGCUACUGGGAUAAUCCUAUUCUAGAUCCAUUAGCUGACGAAUACAGUGUACGCUGGAUGGAGCAUGCUGAAUUAUCCAUCAAUGAUAGUACCCUACAGAGUCAGUAUGAAUUCAUCAGGGACCAUACACCAAAAUCACAUGUUAUGCAGUAUGGCGAUCUAUCAAUAGCCAAGUUACCAAUGUCUCAGUUUUUAGGUCAACGUACACCGUACACACCAAUUAUUUCUGAGCCUGGUGUAAAAUGUAAAUAUAGUUUCCCAAACAAUGAUGUCCCACUAUUUGCGACUAAAAUGAAAAUGGAGCACGCUACAAAUGAGAUUGAAAAGGAAAUGUAUCGCCAGGAAUUAUCUCAAAUAAUGGCCGGCAGACAAUAUUUGGACAAUCAUUUAUCGGCCUAUAUAAAGGGUAUAGGUCAUUUAAUUAACACAGAGUCACCG